AUGGUAGCCUCCAGCUUUAAGGCGCUCACUACUCACAAAGAGAUUGACUUUUGCAACUUCAUCGGCAACAGCUGGACGAUUCUAUUCUCUCACCCUACAGACUUCACUCCGGGCAUCGACUUCACCAUUCGCCCAGCCUUUGUUAUCGAACCUUCCAAGACCAUUCCGCUUACGAUGAUGCAUCCUGCUUCAAUUGGUCGUAAAUCAGUCGAGGUACUGUGGGUUAUUGGUUUACUUCAGACUGUAGAUAAGAAGGAUGUUAUUAUUCCGUCUUCUGUUUCGAUGGAGGAUGCGAACAAGUUUCGUGAUAUCAAGGAGGUCAAGACUUACUUGAGAUUUACCAAGACCUAG